CGGCACGAGUGACAAGAAGGUGCCAGAGCCGCGGUGAUCGGGUUAACACUGAGCGCUAGCGAGGUCGUUAGGAACAAGGGAGACAAGACUCGCCCCUUGUUGGCCAUCACUCAGUGCUUGAGGAGCCCCAGAUAAGGUGGUCAAGACUUGAUGACAGCCCCGCUCUGACAAAUUAAAAGAAUGGUAGGUGGCGUUAGUAUGAACAGAGGACGCAUGAAGCCAUCUAUAGAUUCAAUGUCCACAAGCCUUUUAGACGACACCCCAGAAAACAACCCGUGCUUAGAUACCUACCAGGAAACACGUCUGGACCACACGGCAAAAAAUGACCAAUCCACAUGCCCGGAGAAGGCUCCGGUCUCCUUCCCGGCUAAACCCUGUCCCACAACCAGCUCUCCCAGCGGUUCGCUACAGACCCACAUCCGCGCGCUCUACACCGUCGUUUUCUGCCUUAGUGUCGUGCUGAUCUCCUCCCUCGUCCUGUGCUACCUGGAGAUCACCUCCCUCCACGAGGCCGUCUCAAACCAGAUGACCGUGGACGAUUUCGUCGACUUCAACUUCCCAGCGGGGGCCACGGACGAGAGCAGCGAGGAGCUGGGGGUGCCUUAUUCUAGCGAGCUGGAGGCGGGGCUCGGGGGGUACUUCACCCCGGGCUCGGGCGCUAACCAGAGGAAGAAGAGACACGCCGGCCACGGUGAAGGGUCGGGUUCGGCCCCAGAUUGGGUGUGGAUGGAUUCGUACGCCAGAGUACCGCUGAGUUCCUUAGAGAAGUUUUGUCGGAACGCUGAAAACCAUUGUAACAAAGUUGGGCCCACAGGACCCCCAGGAGCACGAGGACCUAAAGGUGACACAGGAACUAAAGGAGAUAAGGGCGACUGCUCCGAGGCGACUGUGGCGUGGAACAUGGCGAAUUGGGAGAAUCAGAGAAGUAACAGCGGGGUGCCUGGUCCUAUGGGACAACCAGGACCACCCGGCCCAGCAGGUCCUCCCGGUCCAGCAGGACCACCAGGACCCGAAGGUCCGGCAGGACCACAAGGUGCCAUAGGAGAACGUGGACCAAAAGGUGAACCAGGUGACCCAGGGAGAGAUGGGAAGGUGGGGCCUGUGGGGCCGGCAGGUGAAAAAGGCAGUCAAGGUGUGAAAGGUGACCGAGGUACCUCAGGCACACCUGGGGUGCCAGGUUUCCCGGGGCUCGUGGGAGAUAAGGGACCUCCAGGUCCCAUGGGUCCACGGGGCAACCAUGGCCCAGCUGGUCCCCAGGGUGAGCCAGGAUUCUGUCCAGCCGAUUGUAUGUCAGGACAAACCAAAGCAUUUACUGAACCAACGACACCGCCGCCAACAUUCCCACCUCGAGUCUCAGAAUGCAGCAUUGAAAACCUCGGCAAGCCAGUCGGAGCUGACGACGGGAACAAUCCCGCCAUCGGGUCAUGGAUGACCGACUCCAAGUCCGGCUCCCCGAGGAAAGUCUGGGUCACCAAAGGUCUGGAAGGCAACAAGGUGUACGAGUUCGCCUCCUACAACAGUUUGAAGUCCGGCAAAUAUCAGCGAGAAAUUGACCUGGGCGGCACGCCCUAUUUCGGUACUGGUCAUGUUGUCCACGCAGGGCAUUUAUACUACCAUUGGUCAAACCAGCCUAAGAUCGUCCGGUAUAAUCUAGCCCUAGGUGAAGCGACAACAGUGAGGAAUUUAACGAACUUUGUGUUCAAACCAAGCAGCAAUAAAACAAGUUAUUUAUACACAACCGAGACGACGUUCGUCGAUUUCAACUUCGACGAGAACGGUCUUUGGGCCAUCUACGGCAACGACCGCGGGAAGAUGGUGGUGUCGCUGCUCAACCACGAGACCCUCGACGUCAUCAAGUCUGUGGAGCUCACCACGGGCGUCGGGACCAGAGGCGAGGCCUUCGUCGCCUGCGGCAGGCUGUACACCAUCCGGCACCACAGUCGCCUGAAGACGAUGCUGGAGGAGGAGCUGGACCUGUGGCACAACACCACCGGCAGGUGGAGCCACACGUUCGUCAACCCCAACGCCGCCACCGUCAUGCUCAGCUACGACUACAACAACCGGCACAUCCUCCAGUGGGACGCCGGCCACAUGCUUCGAUCACCGUUUUUGUUUAAAAGUUAAGGACAGAGAAAAAACUGGACCUAAU